AUGUCCGACGUUGCGGACGCGCUGCUGCCGCCGACGCCAGCGGACCUGGUGGUGCAGCUGGACGAGCGCAAAAUGUACGUCGUCGAGUGGGUCGACGGCGCCGUCUUCGGCUUCACGGUCACGCCCGUCCAGUCCGACCGGGGCCCGGUCUUGUGUCUCGCCCGUCGGACGGCCACGGACGCGUCGGUCGGGCUGCAGGACGUCGUCCCGGGCGAUCUACUGAUCGCAAUUGGACCGGAAAAGGUCUACCACUUGGGCCCGACUAAAGCGACGACGCUGCUGCGUGCAGUGGCGAAACCCGUGCGUCUGACGCUUCAAUUGUCGCCAUAUGGCGCCGGUGCGACGGCCGCGGCCGACCUGCCGGACCUGGCGCCGAACGAGUAUACGUAUUUGUGGACGUCCGGUCCAUUGGGUAUUGUUUUAACAACCGAUGCGGUCAGUAACUUACCGCGUGUGAAGCGGUUUACCGGUAAAGCCGACAGUACCGCCUUAGAGCGCGAUGUGAAGAUUGGUGAUGAACUGAUUUACGUGAAUCAGACACCGACACGAGACCACUCGGUGUCGGCGAUUAUCCAGAUAAUCCGUGAAAUGCCCAAGCCCAUUACGCUUCGGUUCCGAAAACCGUUAACCGAUGAACUUCAGACACCGUUACCGGAACUGGCCGAAGGCGAGUAUGACUUUCUAUGGGAAUACGGGUCGCUCGGAUUAGUUGUGGGUACAUCGGCAGACGGGUUACCGUAUGUCCGCUCGUUUACCGGCAAAGGCACGUCCAAGCAGCUGACACAAGUUCAGGAGAAUGACGAGAUUGUGAUGGUGAAUGAUCGAUUGGCCAAGGAAUACGGGUUUCAUGAGACCAUGCAGUACAUUAUGAAUGUACCCAAGCCCGCGUUGAUUCGGUUUCGUCGACCUUUCGGGUAUUCGAGCAAGACUGAUAUGCUCGAUCAGUCUACCAAGAGCUCGAUGCCUUUGACAACACAAAUGGCUGCAAUGAGUGUGACUGGUGAUCAGCCCCAACUGCAGCGCACUUCAUCUGCAGUACUUCCUGCUUGUGUAGCGAGUUCACCAGUGGCGUUCGCACCGGUGCGGAGCCACUCGUCUUCACACUGUAGCCCUGCUACUAGUGAGACGGAGACCGGCUCAGGUAUACUGGGCUACCGAAGUGCGCGCAGUAACAGCUCCUUGCCUAUUGUUCGUCGCCAGAACUCUGCAAAGUCUCAAGGCCAGACACUGUUGCCUGGACAAGCAGCAGAGGACUUGACGUUUGGCCAGAUGGCUUCGGGACAGGGCUAUAGAGACAACGCUAAUCGGCAUCAAUCGGCGCCGGUGCCGCCGCCGCAGGUAUAUCACCAGCAGGUUCCGCUGCAACAACAACAGUCUUUUUCCAAGUCACAGCGACAAGCACUGCAGGAGGCCCGAAAGGGAGGUCAAGUUGAGGAGGGCGAGUUCUUUGAGAUUGAUUCGAACGCGUACUACCAGAUUCAAUGGACGGAUGGCCCGUUUGGCUUCACGGUGCGUGAGGCACAAUCAGAGCAAGGUUCUGUCGUCCUCAUUACGAAACGUACGGGCAAAAGCACGUGUGCCGGUCUACGACGUGUGGCCGUAGGCGACAUCCUGAUAAAGAUUGGAAGCAAGGACGUGCGGCAGCUCGGGUUCGAGCGGUCGACAAUGCACUUACGCAACGUGCCCAAGCCCGUGUUGCUGACUUUUCAGGCCAUCGAUUAG